UCUCCUAGGAAAAAAAGCACAAUUUGAGCCUUUUGGAGCAGUGAGCUAGAUCUUCAGCAGGACAAUGGGUUCAGACAAACGAGUGAGUAGAACAGAGCGUAGCGGAAGGUACGGCUCCAUCAUAGAUAGAGAUGACCGGGAUGACCGUGAUUCCAGAAGCAGACGGAGGGACUCAGAUUACAAAAGAUCUAGUGAUGAUCGGAGGGGUGAUAGAUACGAUGACUACCGAGAUUAUGAUAGUCCAGAGAGGGAGCGUGAAAGAAGAAACAGUGACCGAUCAGAAGAUGGCUACCAUUCCGAUGGCGACUAUGGUGAACACGACUACAGGCACGACAUCAGUGAUGAGAGGGAGAGUAAGACCAUCAUGCUGCGUGGCCUUCCCAUCACCAUCACAGAGAGCGAUAUUCGAGAAAUGAUGAAGUCCUUUGAAGGCCCUCAGCCUGCAGACGUGAGGUUGAUGAAGAGGAAAACAGGUGUAAGCCGUGGUUUCGCCUUCGUGGAGUUUUAUCACUUGCAAGAUGCUACCAGCUGGAUGGAAGCCAAUCAGAAAAAGUUGGUGAUUCAAGGAAAGCACAUUGCGAUGCAUUACAGCAAUCCCAGACCUAAGUUUGAAGAUUGGCUUUGCAACAAGUGCUGCCUUAACAAUUUCAGGAAAAGACUAAAAUGCUUCCGGUGUGGAGCUGACAAGUUUGACUCUGAACAGGAAGUGCCCUCUGGAACCACAGAGUCAGUUCAGUCUGUGGAUUACUACUGUGAUACGAUCAUCCUUCGGAACAUAGCACCGCACACUGUGGUGGAUUCCAUCAUGACGGCGUUAUCUCCCUAUGCAUCCCUAGCUGUUAAUAAUAUCCGCCUCAUAAAAGACAAACAGACCCAGCAGAACAGAGGCUUCGCAUUUGUGCAGUUGUCCUCUGCAAUGGAUGCUUCUCAACUGCUUCAGAUACUACAGAGUCUCCAUCCUCCUUUGAAAAUUGAUGGCAAAACUAUUGGGGUUGAUUUUGCAAAAAGUGCCAGAAAAGACUUGGUCCUCCCAGAUGGUAACCGGGUCAGCGCUUUCUCUGUGGCUAGUACAGCCAUUGCUGCUGCUCAAUGGUCAUCCACCCAGUCUCAGAGUGGUGAAGGGGGCAAUGUUGACUACAGUUACCUACAGCCAGGCCAAGAUGGUUAUGCCCAGUAUGCUCAGUACUCUCAGGACUACCAGCAGUUUUAUCAGCAGCAAGCUGGAGGAUUGGAAUCUGAUGCAUCAUCUGCAUCAGGCACAGCAGUGACAACCACCUCAGCAGCUGUUGUGUCCCAGAGUCCUCAGCUAUAUAACCAAACCUCCAAUCCACCUGGCUCUCCGACUGAAGAAACACAGCCCAGCACUAGCACAAGUACACAGGCCCCAGCCGCUUCGCCCACUGGUGUAGUUCCUGGUACCAAAUAUGCAGUGCCUGACACAUCCACUUACCAGUAUGAUGAAUCUUCAGGAUAUUACUAUGAUCCAACUACAGGACUCUACUAUGACCCCAAUUCACAAUACUACUACAACACAUUAACCCAGCAGUACCUUUACUGGGAUGGAGAGAAAGAGACGUAUUUGCCGGCUGCAGAAUCUAGUGCCCACCAGCAGACAGGCCUGCCUCCUGCAAAAGAGGGAAAAGAAAAGAAGGAAAAACCUAAGAGUAAAACAGCCCAACAGAUCGCCAAAGACAUGGAACGCUGGGCUAAGAGUUUAAAUAAGCAGAAAGAAAAUUUUAAAAAUAGCUUUCAGCCUGUCAAUUCCUUGAGAGAAGAGGAAAGGAGAGAAUCUGCUGCAGCAGAUGCUGGCUUUGCUCUCUUUGAGAAGAAGGGAGCCUUGGCAGAAAGACAACAACUCAUCCCCGAAUUGGUGCGCAAUGGAGAUGAGGAGAAUCCCCUCAAAAGGGGUCUGGUUGCUGCAUACAGUGGUGACAGUGACAAUGAGGAAGAGCUGGUGGAGAGACUUGAGAGUGAGGAAGAGAAGCUGGCUGACUGGAAGAAGAUGGCCUGCCUGCUCUGCCGUCGCCAGUUCCCAAAUAGAGAUGCCCUAGUUAGGCAUCAACAACUGUCUGAUCUACACAAGCAAAACAUGGACAUCUACCGACGAUCCAGGCUCAGCGAGCAGGAGCUGGAAGCCUUGGAACUGAGGGAGAGAGAGAUGAAAUACCGAGAUCGAGCUGCAGAAAGACGGGAGAAGUAUGGCAUUCCAGAACCUCCAGAGCCCAAGCGCAAGAAGCAGUUUGAUGCUGGCACUGUGAAUUAUGAACAGCCCACCAAAGAUGGCAUUGACCACAGUAACAUUGGCAACAAGAUGCUACAGGCCAUGGGCUGGCGGGAAGGCUCAGGUCUGGGAAGGAAGUGUCAAGGUAUCACAGCCCCCAUUGAGGCUCAAGUUCGACUAAAAGGAGCUGGCUUAGGAGCCAAAGGCAGCGCAUAUGGAUUGUCAGGUGCUGAUUCCUACAAGGAUGCAGUCCGGAAAGCCAUGUUUGCCCGGUUCACGGAGAUGGAGUGAAACUGAAGGAGUGAGCAGCCUGACAAGGAGCUCCAAGAAGUACAAAAAGUGGUCCCUAUCCUGAAUUC